AGGUUGUUUAAGAGCAUAGAUCGUGUAUGAACAAGAAGCUGAAAUAAGAACAAUUUCGUUGAGGUUUUUUCGUCUGAAGAAGUGAAACAGAAGCCACAUAAACUCGUUAGUAAGUGUGUAGCUGAUGAGGCUCUAGCUAUGGCGUCUAAACGUUCCUUCUCUGAAGAGGACUUCACGUGCCCUGUGUGUUGUGAUGUGUUUAAGGAGCCCGUGCUCCUGUCGUGCGGUCACAGCGCGUGCAGCACCUGCGUUCACCGGUACUGGGAUGUCAAAGGCUGCCGAGAAUGUCCACUUUGCAGGAAACGAUCUGCUAGAAACCCUACUAUCAACCUGGCUCUGAAAAACCUGUGUCAGACCUUCCUGGAGGUCCGAGGUGAUCCCGAGACACUCUGUGACAUCCAUGGAGAAAAGCUGAAACUUUUCUGUGUGAAUGACGGACAGGCCGCGUGCUUGGUGUGCAGAGAUUCCAGCAAACACCUACAGCACCAAUUCAUUCCUGUCGACGAAGCAGCUGCUGAACAAAAGCAUUUUCUUACAACUGGACUGAAUAAAUUGAAAUUAAAAAUGAAGAGCCUUGAAGAUCUCCAGUUUCAUUGCCAUCAAAAUGUAGAUCACAUAAAGCAACAGGCCGAGUACAUAAAGAAUCAGAUGAAUGUCGAGAUUCAGGAACUUGUGCAGUUUCUUAUGGCGGAAAAUGUAGCCAUGGUGAGCAAACUGGAGGAGGAGGUGCAGGAGAAAUUGCAGUCGGUGGAAAACAAAAUAAAAAAUAUCAGACAAAAAAAACAGUCUAUCUCACGCACCAUUGGAGUCAUAAAAAAUGAUUUACAAUCUGAAGACAUCAAAUUCCUGAAGCAUGACCUUAAGAAGUAUCUGACAAAGACUCAGGGCAGAGAUUCAAAUUCCAUUGUGAAGAAGAACCUUGAUUCAAAAUUGGUUUCAAAAGAAGUGAUUGAUGUUGCAAAGUACCUGGGUAAUCUACAGUUCAGAGUCUGGAACAAAAUGCAGACCGCUAUUAAAUACACUCCUGUUGUUUUGGAUCCAAACACAGCUCACUCGCAGCUCAUCCUGUCCCCGGAUCUGACCAGCGUGAGAGACAGUGAUGAUGACCACGAAGACCAGGCUGACAAGCCGAGACCUCCAGUUUUGGACACUCCUGAGCGGUUUAGGAGUUUGUGUGUCCUGGGGUCUGAGGGCUUCUCUUCGGGGCUGCACUGUUGGGAUGUUGAGGUGGGAAACAGCACCUUCUGGAUGCUUGGAGUGACCACUGAGACUGUUCAGAGAAAAGAACCCAAUGUUUUUCCCAGAGGAGCUUGGGGUAUUGGGUAUGAUGGUGAAAAGCUGUGUGCUCGAUCCCCUUUGGAAGUGUAUACUCCUCUCACUUUGGCUGCCAAACCCCAGAUGGUCAGAAUUCGUCUGGACAUGGAUUUAGGGGAGGUGUGGUUCUUAGAUCCUGCCAGUAAUGACAUUAUCCACAUGUUCUCACACCAGUUCACUGGGAAGGUCUUUCCCUUCUUCCACAGCAUGUGCAGUCUAUCUCCUCUGAAGAUUAUGCCUCUCAAGCAUUUUGUGGUGCUGAGAGACAUCCCUUAAUGCUCAUGUUUCUACAAGUGAUAAGUGGCAGUGGCUCACAUUCUCAACUAUAGUCCAUAUUUAAAGCUGUAAUGUUUUUAUUCUGUUGUAGCAACAGAUCUGUUGUAGAUGUGGCGAUAUGGAGAAUGUGAAGUAUUAUUCAACUGUACAUGUCAAUACAGUUCGUUUUGUUUUCUGUACCUUUCAUGGCUAAAGGAGAAAAAGAUGGAGCUGUAUGACAGGAUAUAUUGCAUCAAGUGUUUGUUCACAUUUAGACAUAAUGCUGUUGCACUUUAAAACUUGUCUUCUAUAUCUUGUGCUUUACUAUAUUCUAAUAUUUCAAUUUAAACUGUGUGAGUUAUUAGUCAUAACUUAGCUCAGGUGAUAUUGUUCCAUUCUCACCCUGGUUCUCCCCUAGUUUACCUGGGUGGAAGUGUUUUUUUUUUUCUUUUCUUUUUUGUCUGUUUUAUUUUGGCGGUAUUUUCCCACUCUGAAAUGGCACAGAUUUCCAGAAACAAACAUGAAUAACACUAAAUGCUAUCUCAAAUACCAGUUGUUGCAAAGCAAACUUGGAUUCAAAAAUGGUUGUAACCUUUCCAAGGUUAUUUGUUUCCUAAAAUAGCCCAAAAAAUAGUUAUGUUUCCUGCAAUUACUGUGUCAUUCUUCUUUGUGUCAUAUAUUAAAUAUUAUCCCAAAGUGUUUCCAUUCUAAUGGGAGAAGUGAUAUUGAAUGCCAUUCUUUAAAACCUCAUGUCACCUUCUGGCAAAUCACAAUGCAGGAGGCAGGCAACAGUCUGUAAAUGAGACUUUAUAAUAGCUAUUAUAAAACUCUUAUAUUGGCUAUAUAAUGACUCUUUUGUGGGGUAGGGCAUGACUUUUA